AGUCGUUGAUACUUCUAGAACCGUGUCGAUAAAUAACACGCACUGCUGCUGGGGUUGUUUACAAUGAAGUCUGUCCGUGCUCUGCACAAUAAACGUCGACAACACAUUUAAAAAUUAAAAUCUUUCAGCUGAGUCGCUUGAGCGAAGGCUCGCUCGCUGGCUAGACCCGCCUUGUAAAAUUAUGUCGUCUUUUGACACACGACAAAAGCGAUUGAUUGAUGCGAGAUUGUCAUAUCUGACGUUUAGACGGAACUGAUCGACACGAGAAUGAUGGGUUGAGGUCAUGUCCGUAAUAUCUCAAGGUCAACUACCAUCCUAUCAGGAAGCUCAACUUGGUCAUGUGACAGCUAAUAAUGAUGACAGGGAACCAAUAAGUGGAAAUAUGACAAGUGAACAUAGUGAAGAAGAAUUGGCUCACAUAGAGACUUAUAAACAAAGUAUAUACAGACAUCCACUGUUUCCACUGAUGGCCUUACUGUUUGAUAAAUGUGAGCAGGCUACCCAGUCCUCUGAUGUACCUUCUAGUGAGAGUUUUGACAAUGACAUCCAAGCUUUUUUACAGCAUCAAAAGAAAGAAAAUAAAACCGUGUUUAGUGAUGACACAGAACUGGAUAAUCUGAUGGUAAAAUCUAUUCAAGUUUUACGGAUUCAUCUGUUAGAAAUGGAGAAAGUCACGGAUCUGUGUAAAGAUUUCUGUUCACGGUAUAUAUCAUGUCUGAAGGGAAAACUACAGAGUGAACAGCUUCUUAAAGUUGACCUGUACGACUCUGACGACGACUGUCCAUUGUCACCUCCCUUACAACCACAAGGUCAAGUUCAAGGUCAACAGAUGACAGCUCAGGUCGUCAAUGGUAACAUGGUGUUACAGCCGAGUUUACCCCAGUCUGCACUCUCCAUGGCAACAAUAAGUCAAGGUCAGAUUGUAUCGGGUAAUACUGUAUACCAGAUGGUACAAACACCACAAGGAAUUGUAGCACAACCAAUACAGAUCCAGACAUCAGCCAUGACACCUCAGAUACCUGGUCAGGUUCUACAGGGUUCUACAGCAGUAUCACAGUUAGGUGUGAUGGGUUCUCCAACAGUUAUAACACAGCAACAAGUACAACAAACAGUUCCUGUAUCAGCAUCACAGACACCAACGCCUGCUAAUUUCUCACAUUUACUGGACGACGACAUCGGUGGAAAACAUAAAAAUAAACGAGGAGUUUUACCAAAACAAGCGACGCAAGUCAUGAAAUCCUGGCUCUUUCAACAUAUAGUGCAUCCAUAUCCAACAGAAGAUGAGAAGAAACAAAUAGCAGCACAGACAAAUUUAACACUGUUACAAGUUAAUAACUGGUUUAUAAAUGCUAGAAGAAGAAUUUUACAACCGAUGAUGGAUGCUGGAAAUCCAGAACAAGCGAAAGCUAAGAAGAAACAAACACCUAGUCAACCAAAACAACGUUUCUGGCCUGAAAGUAUCGCAAAUAUUCAACCCCAGAUACCUUCAACAACAUUGGGGGAUCCAGUCAAAGAUGAAGUCGAUGAUAAUUCUAAUAAUACCAUGAUGGUUAACGGACAAAUCCUCACCUCUGUGUCGAUAGAAAACCUACAGCCUUCUACCAUUAUGAAUCCUAUAUUAACCCCACUUACAACAACAACUACGGACAAUAAACUUUGUGACAGUGAUUCUAAUAGUGACAGCUGAUCGGUGCUAAUUACGCAUUGGUCGACUGUUUUUUUUUGUUAUUUUUAAGUGAUACUGGAAUUCCCAUGUAAUAAGUGUUUUUAUUGCGGUGAUGCUUCGAGGGGUGAUUUCUAAUCUGUUAUUUAGUGAUAUCAACUAUUUUCGCAGUGACAGAAAAUUGACGCCAGAAAAAUGAAUAUUCAUGUUGUACUGGAAAGCGACUUCUGUGACUAAAAGAUUGUUGUUUGAGGGAAAAAUUUGUAAAGUUAGAAAGGGGUGUGUUAUAUGGAUGCGUUUAGAUUGUUUUAGCGUGCAGAAAGUAUAGUAUGAAGAGCAGUAUGAGGAGCUAUAAUUCUACAUUAUAAGGCCCGUUAUCUACGGUUUGUAUAUGAUGACUAAGGUCGCCUACCUAACGUUGGUUCUCCAGUUUCUUCCAACUUCUAAAAUCCUGUGUAAGAGAAAGAAUUGUUUCAUUUUUUUUUAUGAUUUAUUCUGAGAAACAACUGACUCAGUGUUUUUAUACAAAUAGUAUUUAUUGUGUAUCAGUUUAAUUAUCAAAGGGCCUGUAAAUAAUGGUUUUACAUCAACGGGCUUGGGAGUAACGGUUUUAUAUCAAUGGGCCAUGGUAUAACGGUUUUAUAUCAACAGGCCUACAUAUAACGGUUUUAUAAUGUAUCAAUGGGCCUAGAUAUAAUGGUUUAGGCCUGGUAAUAACGGUUUUAUAUCAAUGGGCCUAGAUAUAACGGUUUAGGCCUGGUAAUAACAGUUUAUAUCAACAGGCUUGUAAAAUAACGGUUUUAUAUCAACAGGCUUGUAAAAUAACGGUUUUAUAUCAACAGGCUUGUAAAAUAACAGUUUUAAAGUCCACAGGUCUGGAUGCAAUGGUUUUAUAUUAUUGAAUUGUUGAACUUUGUACUGGACAUGUAUGUUUGAUACAAAGAAAGACUGGAAAUAAUGAGGUAUUUCUACCCAACAGAAUUUAGGUACUACUGAACUUUUUUUGUUGGACAUGUAUUAAAGAUACAUUAUUCAAGAGCUAAAGUUGCUUAUUGCAAGUCAUUCGGAUGAGACGAAAAACCGAGGUCCCGUGUACACAUUGGCGUGCACGUAAAAGAUCCCUUGACAGUUGGAAUUCGAUAUAAGAGUAGGCCGUAGUGCCGCUGUCCGGGCAAAAUUUCCCUCAUGGCACACUGUAUGGCGUAUGCCCGUCUUCAUUAGCCCAGUUCGGAGCAAAACAGUAGGACGUUAAACCCCAUUUCAUUUCAUUUGCUUAUUGCAGGUCUUACUUUAGGCCUUAAAUGUUAUUUAAAUUAUUAAUUUAAUGAUUUAAUUUAAAAAUGGAGAAAUGAGGCUAAGACUUGAAUAACCAGCACCGUGGUUACGAUAAUAAACAAUCAAUGCACACAAUUUCAAUAUAUUCAUUUUGCCGAAUCUAUUUUUGAACUAUUAUAGCAAGAACGGUCAGGUCUUUACCUAAAUCUUACAUAAUGUAUCUUUAAUAAUACCAAUUUUAAAAAAGAGAAAUGGCACCAUAAAGAUUGGGCCUGUCAUUGAGUCAACUGGCGUGGUUUCAAAUCCUCAGUUGUACGUGACAAGGAGUAGGGUCGCCUGUCCAAACUCGUGGGUUUUCUCCAGGUCUUGCUGUUUUCUCCCACUUCUAAAGACCCCUACGCGCAAGCGAAUUAUUGAAAUAAAAUUAAACCAUAUGUUAGUCCAGAACUGACCUAGUUGUGUGGAGUGGAGGUUAAACCCCAUCUCUCUCUCUCUCUCUCUCUCUCUCUUAACAUUUUUAAUACCCAAAUUAUCCACGGAAAACUACGCCAAGACUAGGUUAUAUAGGGUCUGGGAAAUCAGAAAAAUGUUUAGGGUCAGCAAUUUCGGCUAGAAAAAAUCGGGUCGGAUGGUAACCUAUAACAUAGAUAUAUUUUUUUUUAUUUUGGUUCAAGCUGUUAUACAUAUAGUGCAUGGUACAGACCUGUGACUAAAUUGCCAGCAGAAAACAGCAUGAUACAUGUAUACACACACACGAAGAUAUGGCCUGACCUAAAUGUGUAAUGUUAGGUUCCCACUAUCAUGAAUCCCGCUACGAUUGAAAUCGUGGUUUUAAUCGUGGAGUAAUUAUUAUGAUCCUAUCAGGUCUUGCCAUAUGUUGAGGUCAGCCGUAGCAGUCGUGUUGAUCGUAUCAAAAUGAAUCUGAACGCACGAGAUCGUGGACUCUAUAGGGAUAAUCCUAUCGUAACACAUCACACAAUAGUGGGAACCCAAAAUUCCUCGUGGUGUUUCGUUUGAUUAGAGAUAAUCCCAUUACUCACUGCUGUAAAGAAAGCGAAUUCUUGUUCUAAAUUAUGACUGGUCAAUAGUCCGAUUAACAACCAAUAGCUAACUGCGUAACAAUACCAGAGCUCCAAAUUGGACCAAAUAUGUUUACAUAACGUUACGUCAUGACUCACGAUUUUAUUAUGCCCAAUUUACCAGUGCAUAGCAGAAUAUUGCAGAAAAACUAAUUGUGCGACAAACAAGGCUAUCAACUGUCAACACGGAUAUAAUGUAAACAAAAUUGUUUUGAGACGAACAACACUUUCACCAUUUUUGAUACCUUAAAUCUGUCCAAAAUUUUAGGGAAGGCCCCUGAUAAAAAGAAAGGCUGUCACGUUGCUGUGUUUGGGGAUAGAUUUUAUCGAACGGGAAGAAUAGACACACUCCCUCAAAAGUGCAAGUAUCAGAAGCUAAUCCAGCAAUGGCCAGAGAGGGAUUUCUCGAGCAAUUGCUUCAGGAAUAUGGUGGGAACCUAGCAUUGGUCAAUGUUUAGAACUGUGGUUAUUAAAAUUAUUAAUUACAUGCCAAAAGUAAUUUUAGCUUUAAUUAUUAUUAUUAUUAACAUUUAUAGAGCGCCAUCUUCCACAAAAUGUGUUCAGAUGCGCUGUACAAUACAAUUCAAUAAAAUAUGUAAUAAAAAUAAAUAUACAUACAGGAAAACUAAAUAAAUAUAUAGAAGUAAAACAUAACAUGGUAGCGCAGAAUAAAAUCUCAUAUCACAAAUAGAUUUUAAAAGAAUUAUAAGUUAAAAGCUUUCUUAAACAAAAAUGUUUUAAGAAGUGACUUAAAAGAGAUUAAAUUAACAGAAGCAUUGAUAUCUUGCUGAGUGCUUUAAAUAUAUUGGAAAUAACAACAAUAUGAGAUGUAGUAAUGGGACUUUCCCAUAACUUACAAUCAUAGAAAACUGCUGAAUUUUAUUGUUUUUAAUGUGAAUUAGUGACAAAUCAUUUUAUUCAAGCUCUUGUUUUGUCAGUUCACAAAGCAAUCUCAGACUUACAAAUUUACUCAAAAUUGUUCGCUUUAUGUUAACUAAAAUAUAGCCCCAUAUAAAACUUUUGUUGUUUUAAUGUAUCAAAUACAUUAAUAAGACACUAUGUGCAAAAGUUUUGUGUUUCUGGAUCGAAGAUAUUUCUCUUAAACAGUGAUUGAAAGUUGAGUAAAUUCUUCACUUAAUUCUGUUAAUCGAGAAACCCUGACUUUCGUACAAGUAUCAGUGGGAUCAACACCUGCGCUCGUUACUAGUACAGGUAAUUAGCAAUAAAUGUUUUUGCGAUAAAUAAUAAUGUAUAUUUAACAAUGAUUGGUUUUAUACUGAUUCAAUGUACAGUACUAGUAUGAAAUUAGUCCUAUUCAAUUUCCUCAGUGUUUUAACUAAUUCGCGGAGGUCAGUGAUUUACUUAAAUUCGUGGAGGAAAUUUCGAUCGUGGCUAACGUGGAUUAAUUAGCCGUGGUCCGCUAUUUUUCAUUUCUGCCAAGGUUCGACUAAGGACUAAUUUCAUACUUCUGUCGGAAGAGUAUUGUAGUAUUUGUAUCUCAUUUACAAUAUGGCCAUCAGAAUUAACAAUGAGUUAACAAUAUAAUUUGACUAUUUGUUGUAGUUCAUUUACAAAUAUGGCCAUCAGAAUUAACAGUGAGUUAACAAUAUAAUUUGACCAUUUGUUGUAGUUCACAAACCAUUUUAAAACCUACAUGUACCUACCUGUAUAAUUAGGGGUAUUCCAUUUAGAUUUAAACAUUGUUUCUCAAGGGGCGUGACCAUAUUUUGGUGGGGUACGAAAAUAGAAAUCACAUGUUAAAUUGAGUUUAAUUAACGGCCUUCUUUUCUGCACCAACUGGGGUCAUGAUGGUAGACAUACAGUACGCCAUGCAGUGUGCUGCUAGGGAAGUUUGCCUGGACUGGGGGGUUGGAUGGCUGAAUGGUUAGCGUGUGCGCGCUGUAUCAUAAAGUCUGUCAUGGAGUCAACUGGCGUGGUUUCGAUUCCCUGGUUGUUCGUGACAAGGAGUAGGGUCGCCUGUCCAACCUCGUGGGUUUUCUCCGGGUCCUCCGGUUUCCUCCCACUGCUAAAGACCCCUACACGCAAGCGAAUUAAUGAAAUAAAAUUAAACCAUAUGUUAGUCCCGAAAUGACCUAGUUUGUGUCGAGUGUUAAACUCUCUCUCUCUCUCUUUUGCCCGGACUGCAGCAUUCCCCGCUACUGGAAUUGAGCCUGGAAGCUACUUUUUAAACCCCCCAGUUAAUUUUAAAUGGAGUAGCCCUUAAUUAAGGGUGUAGUUACUUUGAUGAACAUGAUCAAGUGAAACCUGUAGAUAUAAUUGAAAUGAAAACCAUGUUAUGUUGUCCCUAUCUUUAAUGAGGAAAAAUAUUGUAAAAAAUCUGUUUUUACAUUGUUUGUUAUUUAUUGUUACAUUUUUAUAUUAAAACAGCAAAUAUCAA